AUGCCUAAUUUAUGCAAUUUGACAGUUCAAACAAUUAACGAUAUUUCUGUUGAUGGACGCCAAUGGGAACAAAUUAUUCGUAGUCAUUUAAUCAAACUCAAACGAUUUCGACUAAAAUUAACAAGAAAGCUUGUGAACAAUGAAAAUUGGCAACAAUAUGUCGAUGAACUUAUUAGUUCAUUUCAAAGUCGAUUUUGGCUUGAAGAACGUCGUUGGUUUGUUCAAUGUGAUUGGGAUCCUGAUGUUGCUGCAAUUUAUCUAUACACUUUGCCUUAUGCUUUUGAUCGUUUUACAGCACAUUUUCCUCUCAUAUUCAAAUCGACUUGUCCUCAUAAUAAAUGUCAUUGUUCCUAUGAUCGUGUACAUCGACUUAAAUACAUAUCUUCUCUAUCUGAAGACUUCAAUCAGUGUCAUAUUAGCUUUUCUAACGUUCAAGAUCUUACUAUUUAUCUUCCUAUCAAUGAUUAUUUGUGGAUGAUCGUUCCAAAUUUCCAUCAAUUGACCUCACUUUGUGUGGCAUGGUAUAAUUAUGAUAAAGAUUUUCCAAGUCAAUUACAAUUACUGCUUGAUCGAGCAACUCGUCUCUAUUCGCUAAGCAUGGAAACAUGGCGAUCGUACCCUACACAAAUGGCACCAUUCGAAAUUACCCAUGCUUCAAUUCGAAGACUCGAUUUUUACAACUAUCAUUAUCAUUAUAAUAAUGAAGAAUGUACCAUAUUGAGUCACUCACCAUUAGGAAUGCAGUGUGAAGUACUUCGUAUCUCGGUUGACAAUCGAACAUGUAUAUUGGAUCUUGUUAACAAAAUGGCUAAUCUUCAUCAAUUGAUAGUUCAGUGUCGAGAUGACAAGCAUACGGAACAAUUAACAGCGAGUUCAGAUGAACUCGUCGAAUGGCUGCAACAUCAAUUACCAUCGACAUAUUUGAUCACAAGAAACAUUCGUUUAGCAAAUGAAAUUCACUUGUGGGUUUCUUAA